UUAUUGUUGUUUAAAAAGUGAGUGCGUGACUCUUUGAGUCUGUUUGGGUGGCUGUGGUUGUGAGAGAUCAUGAUCUUUUAUGAUCUCUCACAAGGCAACUGGAGUCCAAAGUGCUUUACAGAAUAAACACAGAUGAGGAUACACAACAAAAUAAGUAAACAAUAAAGUGCACAAGCAUGGACCCUUCGCCACCUUCUUCACUGGUCUUGGUCCUCUUCCAACCAAGUCCUGCACCAGAGUGAAUGAGGACUCUGGACUCAGGACGGUCACUUAAUUGUUAUUGCCUUUAGGGUUCGAAUCGUGUGGAGGGAGCAGACACAGAUUCUACCCAGGCCAUUAGGAAGAGAGCAGCAGCAUGGGAGGCGACCAAGAAACAAAACUCCACCUGAGGAGGAACGUAGGGCUCACGGGCGCGGUGUCCUUCAUCGCCGGCACUAUGAUUGGCUCGGGGAUCUUCAUCACCCCCCAGACGGUGCUGUCCACCAUAGGGAGCCCGGGGGCCAGCCUCGUCAUCUGGGUCUGCUGUGGACUGCUGGCCAUGCUGGGGGCCCUUUGCUUCGCUGAACUCGGCACCGCGAUCCCCGAAUCGGGCGGGGACUACGUGUACAUCCUGCGAACCACGGUCCACCUGUUCGCCUUCCUGUACGCCUUCAGCUUCGUCAUGGUCAUGCGUCCUGCCAGCGGCACGGGUUUGGCGCUCAGCUUCGCCGAGUACGCCGUGGCCCCGUUCUACUCCGGGUGCACCCCUCCGGUGUUGGUGGUGAAGUGUGUGGCUGCUGUGGCUAUUCUCCUGCUGUCCGUGGUCAACUGUAUGAGUGUCAGGUUGGUCACCGCCAUCCAGGUGAUGAGCAUGGGGGUGAAGGUGGCCGCCCUGGGCUGCAUCAUAGCGGGAGGCGUGGUGAUGUUCUUCAUUGGCCCGACUACGAACUUUGAGAACUCCUUUGAGGGGACGAAUGUCGGCGUGGGCUCCAUCGGGAUCGCGUUCUACCAGGGCCUGUGGUCGUAUGACGGCUGGAACACGGUCAAUUAUUUUACUGAAGAGCUGAAACGUCCAGAGGUGAAUCUUCCCAGGGCUGUCCUGAUUGCCAUCCCCAUGGUGACGUUGUUGUACGUUCUGGUCAACGUGAGCUACCUGCUGGUCAUGACUCCCGCCGAGUUGAUGUCCUCCACCGCGGUGGCAGUGACCUGGGGUAAUAAAGUGCUGGGCAGCUGGGGCUGGAUCAUGUCGGUGGCGGCGGCGCUGUCUGCGUUCGGGUCGCUCAACGGGACCUUCUUCAGCGGGGGCCGCGUGUGCUUCGUGGCGGCGAGGGAAGGACACAUGCCAGAUAUUCUCGCCAUGGCCCAUGUCCACAGACUGACCCCCUCACCUGCGCUGAUUUUCACUACAGUCAUCUCUCUUCUUGUGCUGAUUCCAGGGGACUUCCAAUCCAUCGUUAACUUCUUCAGUUUCACUGCCUGGUUUUUCUAUGCAAUCACAAUUUCGGGACUCCUUUACCUCAAGAUCAAGAAACCUGAACUGCCUCGACCAUACACGGUUCCUAUCAUAAUCCCCAUAUUGGUCCUCCUCGCAGCCAUCUUUCUGGUGCUGGCACCCAUUAUAGACAAUCCUCAAAUUGAGUAUCUCUAUGUGACUCUAUUCAUCUUCAGUGGGAUUUUAGUUUACAUACCAGUCAUCCAUUACAAACUCUGCCCGGGUCUAUUGACCAGGAUAACUCUGUUCCUUCAACUCUUCCUUGAGGUCGCUCCUGCGGACAAGAACCUCUGAAGAUGCAAAGAUAGAAAGGACUGUUUUUUGGUUUGUUUAUCUUACACUGGCUAUGGUUAAAUCGGCUCACCUGUGCCCUCAUUCCCAUAGCACUUUGUACUACAGUUGGCGUGACAUGUAUUGGUUUCAUAAUCAAGAAGACACGUGUGAGAUGUCACCCUGAGAAAACUAAUUUGCAUAAAUAGCUCCUAUGUGCCGACCAUCUCUAUUGGAUGACUCCGAUUACAGUGAAAACCACUGCACAUCCUGGGAUAUAGUGCAGAUAUAAGUGUGCUGUACUGAAAAAUGAUUUUUGACAGCACUGGAAAAUGCUGAUGCUCCUUAAAUAGUGCAGUAACUGUGUGUCACUCUCACUACUAAAAUAUCUAGGCACUAUUACACUUAGAUAUGUUGACACAGGUGAUGGGAAGGAAGAAUGAAAAAAGUGAGCACCUCUGGCCUCAAAAUCGAUUGAUUUGAAUGAAAUGAGGAAUAUGGUUACCAGUGUAUUUCUUGUUAUUCACAAUUUUCUCUAGACGUUUAUAUGUGCAAUUAUUUUAUGUGAUUGACCUGUACUAGAAAUGGGUAUUCAAGCUCAAUUUGUUACCCAUUUGUUUACUGAUGUCAAACAUCAACAUCAUCCUUCUAUUGUGUUACUUUAAACACCAACCUUUUUAUUAAAGAAACAAUUCAGUACAAA